AUGCACGAACCUAGCAAGGUGAUCAUUCAAAUUAAGAUUGUUGUUGCUAAUAUAGUUAGUGCCCUUGGUGGUGCCAUUGGUGGUGCCAUUGGUGGUAUCCUUGGUAGUGUUCUUGAUGGUGCCCUUGGUGGUGCCCUUGGUGGUGCCCUUGGUGGUACCCUUGGUGGUACCCUUGGUGGUGCCUCUAGUGAUGCCUCUGGUGAUGCUCUUGGUGGUGGUAUUACUCUUGAUAGUGGUGGUGCCUCUGGUGGUGCUCUUGGUGGUAGUGGUGCCCUUGGUGGUGGUAGUGCUCUUGAUGGCAUUUGUAGUAGUAGUACAGUAACAAAACUUGGUGAUGAAACUUGGUGA